CAGCAGCAUCGAGUCAUGAUGACCGUGUUGUGUGGUUUUCUGGCUCUUGGUUUCUCUAGAUCUCUUCUUGGCAUUCGUUUCUAAGUUUCUGAGCGUGUUUUCUUUUUUCUUGUUUCUUUCCCAGCCCGUGGGAUUCCUACUGUUGACGUACUGUCUACUACGAACGUUGCCUGGCUCACCGGAGUUCUUUAGUCUGACCCAAAUUUGGGGUCUUGUCUUGCACUGAGAAGCGAAGACUUGCAUACACAAUAUUUCGUUAUCGGAGCAGAGCUGGCGUCGCAAGAUGGCACCGAAUCUGGACUUUAAUGCGCUGAAGGCGCGCACGAUGGGCUCGGGGAACGACGAGGAGGCUGUCACGGUGGACACAAGGGGGUUGAUCUCCAAGGUCCUGGCUCGAUAUUCCGGCAAAUGGACGGUUCUACGAGAGAUGAUCCAAAACGCCGCCGAUGCGAACGCAACUAAAGUCACGAUCAAAUUUGAGACCCUACCAUCUACAACUGUUCCUUUACCAUCCCAAGCCGACGAUACGACACUACUCAAGCAUACAAUCUCCCAUCACACUUUGAAGCGUCUCUUGGUUUCAAACAACGGUCUUCCGUUCAGCGAAAAAGACUGGGCACGACUAAAACGAAUCGCAGAUGGAAAUCCCGACGAGACAAAGAUCGGCGCGUUCGGAGUUGGUUUCUACAGUGUUUUCGAUGACUGCGAAGAGCCGUUUGUAUCGUCUGGAACAGACGCGAUGGCAUUCUAUUGGAAAGGGAAUGCGCUCUUUACCCGCCGAUUACAAUUAGACGACACCUCGAAUCCUGAAACGACAUUCGUCCUGGAUUAUCGCAAUGACACAUCCCCCAUCCCGUCUCUCAUGCAGUUAUGUCAAUUUUUGUCCAGCAGCCUGACAUUUGUCAGUCUUGAAAGCAUAGAGUUAUGGCUAGAUGACUGGAAUCUAUUGAAACUCACAAAAAAGACUGCCCCAAGCGUCAGUCUUGCUAUUCCACGGGACAUCGAGACAAAGACACCUCAAGGCCUGAUGAAGAUCAUGAAUGUCAAGCGAGAAGUCGCGCAAGUCGAUGCCUCUUGGAUGCGAGUUGUUGAAUGGAACCCGAAUGCCAGCGUGUUUCGCGAGGGCCUCAGGGAUACGGCAGGCUCUCUGCGGACCUUUUUCUCGCGGCUUACCGGUCAAAAUACCCCAGAGAAGCCUGCGAAGCCCGAAACCCCGGAGCUAGUCAAUAGCACCGAGGACUUGAGCGGUAGUUCAACGGCCUCGGUCUUCUUACACAUAAACACCGCAAGCCUUCAAUCUUCUAUUAGUCAGUCUCUGAGCAACGAGCUCGAGCGAGCUACUCGAAAGCCUCCGCCCAAAAGUUCAACGCUUGCCGUGCUGACUCCGUCAUACGAUACAAGCGUUGCGUCUGGGCUGGCAGGGUCCCAGUCAGAGGUUCUUGCCUCUAUCCUUCCAUCUAAGGCUGGACGAGUCUUUAUAGGCUUUCCCACGCAGCAAACCACGGGUCUUAACGCGCAUAUAUCUGCUCCGUCCGUAAUUCCAACUGUUGAGCGCGAAAGCAUAGAUCUCAACACUCGCUACAUAAGCAAGUGGAACCUGGAAAUGCUGAGGGCGGCGGGGAUUGUCUGUCGAAUUGCUUGGUCCGCAGAAAUGGCUUCGAUAAAGUCCAAGGUCCAAUCCUCGAAGACCUCCAAAAUUCGCAAGGAAGAUGUCGUUGGCGUGCUACCCGAGGCUAUUCACACCGCUAACCAAUUUGUCUUCCGCGAGUCAACGCCGUCUUCGCUUCUAGGACAAACGAUCGAGGAUUCAUUCUGGACAUGUAAUAAGAAUGCUUCAAUAGAUGUGCUAUCGACAUGUGGUGUUAUUCAAAGCCACCAGGCGCGGAUAGCCCCCAAGGAUCUUAGCUUUAUGGAUUCCAUUCCUGUUUUGCCAGAUGAAUUCGUCAGCGGUGCGAAAGACUUUGUCAGAAAGCUGACCGAUUUUGGACUGGUGACAGACGUCACUGUAUCUGAUAUCAAGCGGGAAUUGGAAGCCAGCACGCUGCGAUCAAAUCAGGUUGUUGAGUUUCUUUCCUGGCUGGGUCGAAGAGCUGCUUCAGGACAUCUUGAUUCUGUCUCCGUGCAGAGCCUGUUGAGUGUCGCAGUGGCAAAUGACGAAGACAGCAGCGGCAAUACAAUACGGUUAAUCGUUUUUGCAGAUAUAAACAGCUACCUGAGUCCCCAGAAGAUACCCGUCGAUAUGCCCGUGGCGCCGUCUGUGAUACCUUUCAAGUAUACGAAGUCUCUCGGAAAACUAGAACUGGAAGCCUUCGGCUGGGUAGAGCUUCAGAUAGUCCCCUGGCUUCGCUGGCUGGUCACCAAUGCGGCGAAUCGGAACGUUCUUGCGGUGGAGCAAGAUAUUACGCAGACGCCGUCGUUCUCUGCGAAGGUUCUGCCCAUUCUUUCGAAACACUGGGAGCCAUUGAGUCAACCCUCCAAACAAAAUGUGGUCAACUUACUGCAACCGCACACAGUAAUUCCCACGAGGCUCGGUAUGAAACAGCCAGCGGAAACCUAUUUCUCUUCCGUGCGGUUGUUUGAUGACCUCCCAGUGGUGCAUGGUCUCAACAGUGUGAAGGAAAAGUUUUUGGCGGCCCUUGGAGUGCGGAAAACGGUCGAGUUGGGUGUGAUUUUUGAGCGUCUCUUGGACAUCUCUGAACCAUCCGAAGGUGCUGGUCACGGCAGAGAAAAAUGGAGCCAUGUUGACCUCAUUCGUUAUCUGGCGUCUGUCCGUGAUGACAUCCCUGCAAAUGAUAUCAAGAGACUCCGGAACACCAGUAUCUGCACUUCCGAGCUUGGUGGCAACUCUAGCGACUCGAAACCUUCUGCUCGCCGGCGCUACAAAAUCUUCGAGCUCUUUGAGCCCAAGGAUUCUUUCAGAGCACUCGGGUUACCUGUACUUGAGUGGCCCGGAAGAUAUCAGGCUACUAGCAGCGAAGGGAAAUUUUUGACCAUGCUAGGCUUGAGAAGCUUCCCGUCAGCUCCCGAAUUGGUGCAGAUAAUGGCACAGGCAGCGGCGAAUAAUAACUGGCUUCUCCACGGAAAGGCAAUGUCGUACUACAUCUCCGAGUAUCACAACAACGGCUACGCAACCUUUGACUGUGGUGCCGUCAAUGUUCCAUUUCUACCAGUUGAAGGAACUAGCGUUCUCAGUGUUCCAAGCAAAUGCUUUACUGACGAAGGUGCUACCUUGCUGGGAUUCCGAAUCUUACGUCAAGACCUCCAUGCUCAUUCUUCGAAACUUGGAGUCAAGCAGCACCCUGCCCUCACAGAAUGCCUGGACUUUGUGCUACGCCAGCCCCCAUCCACGAAGCGAGAUGCGAGGGUACUGUUCAAAUACCUGGCUGGGCGCGUGUCUGAGCUCAGCGCGCGGGACAUAGAUCGCGUCAGCAAUGCAAGGAUAGUCCCCAUCUCAACCAAGGACGUGGGUGAGAAAGACUCGAACCCGCGGCGCGUGGCACCCAGACUUUGCUAUCUCGGGCAGGGUGAAGACUACCGGGAAAUCUUCGACUUCGUUGAUUUCGGACAGGAGGCCAAUUUCUUCUUGAUGGCAGUUGGGUCAAAGCGGGAGCCGACAAAGACCGAGCUCGCACAAAUGCUCGUCAGAGAGCCUGCUAGAAUAUCGUCUGCAUUGCAAAGUUCGGAGAAGUACCUCAAACUGCUCCGAACACUGGCGGAGAAUGUAUCUGUGCUGAAAAGAGACCGAGAACUCUUUAGCGAGAUGAAACGAUCCGCCUUCCUUUUUGCUAGUCGAGAUAUCUCAUCUCUAGCCCAGGAAAAGGACCGGAAAAUGGCCACCCAUGGAUCCGACGACGAUGAGGAGGAGGAACAAAGCAUCAAAGAGUGGAAGUUGACUGCUGCAAGAGACGCCGUCGUGGUUGAUGAUUUCCAGAGUUUCAACCUAUUCAAAGAACAUAUCCUGGCGGCACCGCAAGAAGAAGCGCUCGAGAACUUUUACAUUGCACUGGGGGCGACGCCGCUAAGCAGCCUCGUUGAAAAGCAAGCACAUUGCGGUUCAAUUGCCACCGACCAGCAGCCAGCAGCCAAAUUAAAGAAGCUGGUCAAUGAACGCUGCCGGCUCUUUCUUCAUGAUCAGCCCGCCGACUCUACCCGCCACGAUGUUCGAUGGCUCGAUAAGAAUCUUCAGGUACAGGUGGCACACUCUAUCUCACUCACCCGUUCCCUCCGGGGACGUCGCGUUUCCCAUACGCAGAAACGUAGUGCCAUCAUCACCCAGCCUGCCGGAUCCUGGUGCUUAUGGGUUUGUCCCGGCAAAUUGAAUCUCUACGAGAUCAGCCAGGCCCUCGUGCAUCUUAUCCUUGUUCGUCCGAAGCUUCAUUCAAUUCUUACCCUAGAGAUGUUAAUGAAGACCGAUUUGCUGGAGCUCAAGGCGCGUGGAUACAACGUGGAGCGCAUUCUCAAGCAAAAGGCCCACGAAGCACGCAUGGCCGAAGAUCGGCGCCAGAAAGAACUGGAGGAGGAGCGACAACGGCUUCAGGAGAGAGAGGCUGCAUGGGCGCAAGAACGCGCCGAAGCCCAGACCCGGACUCGACGACAGAGCGAGGAAAAACCGCCAUCUCUGAUGCCGGGCGACUUUCCAGACUCCCCAUCCAGUAAAGAAAUCACCGGCCCCAGCGGGCCACCGGACAGCUCGGAGGCUGGCCAGGACCGGCGCCCUCGAGGGCUCUUCGCCAACUGGAGUAAACGCCUCGGACUGGAGGGCGGGCGAUCGAGCUGGAAUCCCCUGAACAGCGAGCCAUCUCAGCCGGCGCCUUCGGAGGCCUCGAAUACCUCGAAUACCUCGACGCCUCCUCCGCCUCCAUAUUCGCCGGAGGACCCGCAGAAGUCGCGCCCUGAGCAACCGGUCACCGUCAGCUCACCGCAUCGCUUACAGAACGAGCUGCUGUCAGCAGUCCAAGCCUGUCGGCCUCACGGAUCGUCGGGGCUCUAUAGCCGGCCCGAGACGAACCAGAUCACCGAAUCCAAGUCCUACUGUGACGAGCGACCGAGUCAUGAUUUGGAAUUCGUAGCGACUCUUCCCUGUGGGAUGAAUGUGCUCUUCGUGAAGACCCUGCCCGACCGGUCGAACUUUUUGGCCCAGAACAGCACCGGCAUCAACGUGUUCGCCGCGACUCUGAUCGAAUGCGCGGGCAUCUUCUCUCUGCGCGCGAACAGUCUCAGUAUUUUCUACGAUCCCGGCGGAAAGACGAUUGCCUUCAACCGAGGGGGCAGCAUCUUCUGCAAUUACUUCUACUUCCAGCAGCUACACGAGAAAGAGUUGCUCCAGAGCUCGACCGCCGACCGCAGCGACGCCCUGGUGUACUGGUGGGUGAUACUCUGUCACGAACUCGCCCACAAUCUGGUGGGCGACCACAGCUCUGCCCACAGUUUCUACACGGAAGGAUUCGUUGCGCAAUACUUUCCCAAGAUCGCCACGAAGCUGGCCGCGGGCAACGUAUCGACUGCAGCCCCCAGCGGUUAAUAUGAAGACGGCAUAUUUGUUGCUUGAUGUUGGAGGUUCUAAGGGUGUUGUGUACAUAUAGAGAGAUGGAUUGACCACUGUUAGGCCUAUUUAUGCUAUUGAGUUUCAGCUUAAUGAGUUG